UUCACUGAGUUAUCAAUGUCACUAAUGUGUUCGAGAAAAAAUGUCGGCAGAUUUGUUGUUAGACGUCGAGAAUUCAGCGAACCUAAACCGUAACACGAUGAAUAACGACAUCUUCAUCGAUCAGGACGGAGAGUGGGAUAUCAGUUUGUUUGAUGAGCUGGAUGGCCUGGGUGAUGCUGAGGAGUUGCUGCAAGCACUGGUGAGCACUGGCUGUACUGGCAGUGCAGCCGAUCUGAACUUUGAUAUUGAUCUUUCUGCGUGGAACUCAGAUGGCUUGCAGGACAGCAGCAGCAUCUGUACAGAUGGAGAUGUGUCGGCAGAUUCUCCAAGCCACACACUGAGCUCAGUUUCUUCACCUGGCUCAGUCGAGGCCUAUUCACCAUAUUCCCACUAUGAUGAAGCUCAGUCUCCACUCUCGGUCCAGUCUCAGCACUCUCCUGUUUCUGUCUGCUCAGACUCCAGCGGCUUCAUCGAACCAGCACCUGAGAAGAAGCCGGUCAAGAGGACCAAUCAGGCAAGAGCUAAACCUGCUCAGAGACCCAUUCAUCUGAGCCCCAAAGUCUCUAUUCAGCCUAAACCACUGAUCACCGCAGUGCCCAUCGCUCAGAGCGCAGCUACUCUUCAGACCAAAACCAUCAUAAUCCAGCCACUGCAGACCACAGUAGUGCCUGUGGUCAAACCAGCACCCAUCACUAUCCAGCCAGCUCCUCCAACAGGUCAUCCCACCUUUCUGUCUCAGCCCACCCAGGUGCUGCAGCUCCAGCCCUCACAGACCAGCAUGCCAGCAUGUACCCGGGUAGUCACCAUGCCCAACCUGGCACCAGAGAGACCUGCAACACUUGCCAGCCCUGCAAUGUCUCCUCCCGUCAUAGCCGUCCCUUUACGAAACCCUUCGUCAGACGAUGAUUCCAACGUUUCACGGCGGCAGCAGCGGAUGAUCAAGAACAGGGAGUCUGCAUCUCUAUCACGGAAGAAGAAGAAAGAGUACUUGCUUACUCUGGAGGCUCGUCUGAAGGUUGCACUGUCUGAGAACGAGCAGCUGAAAAAUGAGAAUGGGUCACUGAAGAAGCAGCUGGAGGGAAUGAAGAAUGAGAACACUGUUCUAAAAGCAACUGCUCCAAAGAGACGUGCAGUGUGUCUCAUGGUGGUCCUGGUUUUCCUGGCCUUCAACAUUGCACCAAUUAGUCUGUUUGAGGGUGGCACAGUCUCCAGGUCUCCAGUCGGCCCUUAUAUAAACAACAGACAUUUACUAGAAUUUUUGCCAGAGAGCAGCAGUGACCAGGGGGAUUAUGUGCCUCAUUCUGAGACUUCUCAACCUGAGUACAGGGUUGAGGACUUGGGAUCAAUGCCAGAUGACAAGGCUCUUUUGGUGGUUAAAAGGGAUCCUGUCUACUUCAGAAACCUUCCUCCCUGUCAGCCACCUGUCAACAAGACCAAGUGCAUAAAAAUGGCCAGUGAGCUAAAGGGAUGGGUCUACCGCCAUGAGGCUGAGCGCACCAAGAGCCAGCGCAACACCAGCACCCACACCAGACCCCGAACCUUUACGAAAAUGGGUAAUAAGAAGGCGGAAGUGGCACAGAUUGUGACUGUCCAGUAUUCAGAAUCUUCUGAAAAGCACUCAGGUAACGAGCUGCAGGUCUAUUAUGCACCUCAUCGCACUUACAGUGAUUUCUUUGACGAGAUCAACCGAAGAGGAGACACCUUUUAUGUUGUCUCUUUCCGCAGGGAUCACCUUCUACUUCCUGCCACCAACCACAACAGAGGAAGCAGACCAAAGAUGUCAGUAGUUCUGCCAGCAAUAAAUAUCAAUGACAGCGUAAUAAAGGACAAGGAAUUUGAGGUGAUGAUGCAGAUCGACUGUGAGGUCAUGGACACCAGGAUCCUGCACAUAAAGUCCUCCAGUAUUCCACCAAUCCUACGGGUUAAUGAAACUGAUACUGGGUCUUUCUACCACUCAGCUAAUACCAACAACCAGACUGCACCUUCUGUCGGAGUCCUCAUGGGUUCUGCCUAAUUCCAGCAUUCUGCAGACAUCAAACCUGUGUAGAAAAGAGCUUUAAUAAUGGUUCUGUUGUUAGCCCUGCUUCUGUUAGAUAUAUUUUCCUCAUUGCUGUGUCUUUAAAUUAGAGUUGUUUUGUCUGGAAUUAUGUUUUAGAAGUGAAACUCAUGUAGUCAUGUAGUGUAGACUGCUUUCAUUCUUUUUUUUUACUUUUAUAUUCGUCUAUGGUAAAAGGAUAAAGUGGAGGCUUGGAGGUCCAAAUGUCUCAUUAAAACAAAAAAAAAGAGCUCUCACCCUCAAGGUUGCACAGUUAGUGCUUUUAGUAAGCAUCUUUUACCAGUCCCAACACAUGAUUCAGUUCCCCUUUAACUGGCUUGACUGGUUGAAUCAUGUAUCAGUGGUGGAAAAAUGAUGGAGCUUCUUUAGCCGUGGGUCCCAAGUUCAGAACUUUAAAUUAAAUUAAUUAAUUGAAGCUAUACCAUUGUUUCCAAAAGUAUAUCCAUGUAAUUUAAAUAACCUAAGGUAUAUACUAAAGUGAUGAAAGAUGUACAAAUGAGGCUAUCACCCCAGCAGAGGACCAAGCACUAAUCUUUGAGGUACCCUUAGUUUCAAUUCCAUUAUCAAAUGUGUAAACCAUCGGAAAACAAUGUACAGUUUGUAUUCAAACUACACCAAUUUUGUUCGUUUAUUUUCUCUGUAUUGUGAUUUGAUGUUUUCAUUCUGCAUGCUUUGCUUUAAAUAUUUGUAGAAGGAUAUUAAUGAAGUUUUAUUGGUUUAACUAGGUCAGUACAUACACAGAUCAUAUGUUCUUUAAUUGUUACAAAUUUGUUUAAAUUUAUAAUAUUAUUGUAAUUUUUACGUAAGUGUGGGGAAACUUUCUUUACUUAUAAUGGAUUAAAAUUGAAGGACAAUUAUAAUUGUGUACAUAGAUAUAUUUUUGUUUUGCUUUUGUUUUUGGAAAAUGUUUUAAAGUAAUCUUGUGCAAAUGUAUUGCAUAAAAUCUUAUCCUAUGUAAAUCGCACAGCACUGCAAACCGUCAAUAAACACUGGACAGUGUUUGAGUGUGA